GCGUUGUCAUAAUCGACACUGACGUCGUCAAAAAGACAAAUAGCUUGUCAGUUGUUAGAAAAUGACAGCUAGCAGCAGCUAGCUAACCGUAAGCUUAAAAUAUUCCGCUGUCAAAGUGAUCUGAUCUGAGUUGGGCGGGGAGACUGUGCAGCACUAUAAAUAGUGUGACAUUAUGGGCAACACAAGCGACCGGGUGUCUGGAGAUCGCCAUGGCUCGAAGGCCCACCGCUCAGACAGCAGCGGCAGUCACAAAGACCAUGACCACAGCAGUAAGAUGGUGGACAGCACAGAUGACCCAAACAUCUUCAACACCCAUGGCCCAGAGUCCAAGGCGGUAGGAGAGAAAGAAUUCACCCCAGAUCUGGAUGACCUGGUGAAAACUGGUCCUCAGGCGCGACCCACUGUCAUCCGCUGGGCUGGAGGGGGGAAGGAGGUCUACAUAGCUGGUUCCUUUAAUAACUGGAACACCAAGAUACCACUGAAUAAAAGCCAUAAUGACUUUGUAGCGAUCCUGGACUUGCCUGAAGGAGAGCACCAGUACAAGUUUUUUGUAGAUGGACAGUGGGUCCAUGAUCCUUCAGAGCCGGUGGUAACCAGCCAGCUCGGCACCAUCAACAACCUGAUCCAGGUGAAGAAGUCUGACUUUGAGGUGUUUGAUGCGCUGCAGGUCGACUCUCUGGAGUGCUCAGAUACAUCAGAUCUGUCCAGCUCCCCUCCAGGUCCGUACGGACAGGAGCAGUACAUCUUCAGACCUGAGGCGCAUUUCAAGGCCCCGCCUAUACUCCCCCCUCACCUGCUUCAAGUCAUACUCAACAAGGACACCAACAUAUCUUGUGACCCCGCCCUGCUGCCUGAACCCAACCACGUCAUGUUAAAUCACCUGUACGCCCUCUCAAUAAAGGAUGGAGUUAUGGUGCUGAGCGCGACUCACAGAUAUAAGAAGAAAUACGUCACAUCUCUGCUUUACAAGCCUAUCUAAACCUUAUCUCGGGUGCUCCACAGUGCUUUUAGAGAGCAGCAUGUUGUUUUGUUUUUUGUAUCACCACAUUUAGCCAAAUCUUGCACUGAAACAAGUUUACAGGCGAGUUGAAGGUCAGCGGCUGAGACUGUGGCUUGGUUUUUAAAGAUUGCACUUCUGUCUACAUAGGGCUCUGAAAAAAAAAGUAGCAAAGUGGGCAUCAGAUGGGUGUCAGAGAGAUGAAAACCGAUCUGUGGCUUUUUUUGUGUGUGUGUCUGUACCUGUUACAUCUACAGACGGAUAAGAGACUUGACGAAAUCACUGUGUGUGAGUGUUUGCUGCACCUUAUGCAUGUCAGUGUGUAAAAAGAGAUUUUUCAUAAGAAGAGGCACAGCGAGGAUGCACAGACCUGUCAUGUGCUACCUUGACCGAUGUUUAACUCAUGGUUACUUUUAAAGGAUGCUCUCAUUACAUGAGGGAUUUUUGAGUGUUAUGGUUAGAUUUUAAAAGUGUUCUUGAACCGACUCGAUUAAGUUUUUAACAAAUUGACUCGAUGUAAUCCCAGUCGGGGUCUAGGUACUGAAGAGAGCAGCAAACAUGGAAAAGUGCAAGAACUGAAUUAUAACUCGAGGUAGACUCAGAAAAGCAUGAUAUCUGUGCUUGUUUAGGAGGCAGCAGCGAACAGCAACCUCUGAUGUUAUCCAUAUUACAUGUUGAGUUUCUCCAAAGUUCAGCCAUCAUUCACUGAAAUCUCCUCCAUGAAUUCAAGCCCAUAAUUCCAGUUUUGUUCAUGUAACGUUGGUCAAAGGUCGCUGUUUGGUUCUGCUGUUGCCUUUAUCUUGACGUAAUGUUGCGAGCACUUUACCAUCCUGUGAGCAGGAGUGUUGAUAUAAGCUUUUAACUAUGCAGCCUGACAACUCUUUAUUGUAGCUCUGGUCUGUAGAAUCCAAUUUGUGCUCUUUUUUUUUUUUUAGAUAUUCAAACCUUGCAGUGCUUUAUAUAUAUAUAUGUGUGUGUGUGUUCGCACCUGUGUUGAGUUUGUAUUUAUCAGACUGGAAUGUACUGUAUAUCUAUUACAUGUAUCGUCAUACACAAAUGUGUGUACACUCAGACAGCUUCAACUUGCUGCUUUGCAUGUAUUGAAUGUCUGCAACAGAUCUGAAGUGUUUCUCAUUUUCACAUGAAUUGACAGGGCUAUAAGGAUGAAUUUAAAGUUGUACAAACUUUGCUCAUGUGUGUAUUAAUAACUAUUUAAGCUAAUCUGUGUUUUGAGGUACGGUGGCUUUGAGACGUGCAGAAGUCUUUUUUUUUUUUUUUCUCACUCGUCAGUCUCGCUGUUUAAUCAUCCUGCUGUUACAGUUCAGUAUAUAACCACAGUUGAUACUCUACAGAAAUGUAAAAGGGGCUUUUAUAAAUCCAGUCGAUGUUUAAUGAGACCCUCUGAAAGUAUUUUGUGAAUGUCGCGCCUCGCCAUGAAGUUUUUUUGAAGACUUGCAGACAUGAUAAGGGAAGUAUGGACAAGCGUCAUGGUGUUUUAAGGCUAAAAACCAAAACUUGAAUUUUACAACCGUUUCAUGAAUGUUUUAAAAAUGCUUUGCAAAGUAAAUAAGUGUGAAGAUUCACUGUGCAAGGUUUAACUUGUUUGCAAAUAAAGAGGACAGGCUGUUCCUGACAUUUUUUUCAUUUUUUUCUUCUUUCUGGUGCAAGUAGCCACUAUUCUGUAUUUGGGAUAAAGACACACCUUUUUAUGUUCUUUGUACAAGUUUUAUAAGUUUAAUGAACCCAGGCUCUGAUGCUAACAUACACUUUGGAUAUUUUAUGUAUUUGUCUUGAUGCUUCCCCUAGUCCUGGAGAAAUUAUAUUUUAUUCCAACUCUUUUUUUUUUAAUAGUUGGAAAUAGUUGACAAAUUAAACUUGAAACAUUCUGGAGCAAAUAGUCUGAAUUCAGGGAUAAAGACACACUUUUGUGUAUCACCAAUCAAUUCUAGUUCUCAUCUAAGUACAUAAAACAAAAGGAAACUGCACAAGCUUUUUAAAUGUUUUAUUCAAUCUUUCCCAAAAUCGUUCAUUGAUAAUACUUUUGCCAACACAACACACUGUUAACUGUCAUCAGAGACAGGAUCCGUAUGAGUCCUGUAUCGGCUUUCUAGUUCAUUAUGCAAAACAAAACUGUUUUCCAAUCACAUAAAAGCUGCACCAAUCAGAUAGCACUAUAUACACACGCAACUCAGGACCAACAAUUAAUCAUUUCAAAUUCCCUUCUCAAUAACAAAAAGCGAUAAGGCUUUGUUUACGCUCUGACAAGGUGCUGUAUAGAUCCAACAUUUCACAAUCUUUACAGUCAUUGGCUUAUUUUGUAACAGUAGACAAUUCAAAACUUUUCCCUUUAACA